CGCUCCCGGAUCUAAACCCCUCACCCCAUUGGUCGCCCGCAGGCUUGGAAAGCUAGAACCACUAGCUCCGUUCCCCCUGCUAGCGGCCGGGUAGAUCUCUUGCUGCACGUACGGCCACGACUCCACGAGCGAGUCCUACCUAGCUAGUCAGCAAUGGUGGUGACCAUGGGCAAGAAGAAGCUGGCCGACGAAGAGACCUGCUGCUACGGCAGCGCCGGCGCUGCAGGCGGCGUCGACGACCAGGGCAGGGCCACGGAGCUGCGCCCGCUCGCGCUGUCGUCGCCGCACACGCAGGCGUUCCACCUCGCCUGGCUCUCCCUCUUCGCCUGCUUCUUCGCGGCCUUCGCCGCGCCGCCCAUCCUCCCGGCGCUGCGGCCCGCGCUCGUGCUCGCGCCCACGGACGCCCCCGCCGCCGCCGUGGGGUCGCUCUCCGCCACGCUCGUCGGCAGGCUCGCCAUGGGCCCCGCCUGCGACCUCCUCGGCCCGCGCCGCGCGUCGGGGGUCGCCAGCCUCCUCGCCGCUCGCCGUCGCGGCCACCGCUCCGCGUCGUCGCCCGCGGGCUUCGUCGCGCUGCGCUUCGUCACGGGCCUCUCCCUCGCCAACUUCGUCGCCAACCAGCACUGGAUGUCGGGCAUCUUCGCGCCCUCCGCCGUCGGGCUCGCCAACGCCGUCGCCGCCGGCUGGGCCAACGUCGGCAGCGCCGCGGCGCAGCUCGUCAUGCCGCUGGCCUACGAGCUCGUCCUCCGCCUCGGCGUCCCCGUCACCGUCGCCUGGCGCGUCACCUACCUCCUCCUCCCCUGCGCGCUGCUCGUCACAACGGGGCUCGCCGUCCUCGCCUUCCCCUACGAUCUCCCGCGGGGCGCCGGCGUCGGCGGCGGAGCCAAGACUAGGAAGAGCUUCUGGAAGGUAGUGCGGGGAGGCGUCGGCGACUACCGCGCCUGGGUGCUCGCGCUCACCUACGGCUACUGCUACGGCGUCGAGCUCAUCAUGGAGAACGUGGCGGCCGACUUCUUCCGGAAACGGUUCCACCUCCCCAUGGAGGCCGCGGGCGCCGCGGCGGCGUGCUUCGGCGCCAUGAACGCGGUGGCGCGGCCGGCGGGAGGGGUCGCGUCGGACGCCGUAGCGAGGCUGUUCGGGAUGCGCGGGAGGCUGUGGGUGCUCUGGGCCGUACAGACCGCCGGCGCGGCUCUGUGCGUGCUCGUCGGAAGGAUGGGCGCCGUGGAGGCGCCGUCGCUGGCCGCCACCAUGGUGGUGAUGGUGGCGUGCGCGGCGUUCGUGCAGGCCGCGUCCGGCCUCACCUUUGGAAUCGUCCCCUUCGUCUCCAAGAGGUCGCUGGGCGUGGUGUCCGGGAUGACGGCGAGCGGCGGCGCGGUGGGCGCGAUCGUGACGAACCGGCUCUUCUUCAGCGGGGCGCGGUACACCAUCGAGGAGGCCAUCUCCCUGACCGGCGGCGCCAGCCUCGUGUGCACGCUCCCGCUGGCCCUCGUCCACUUCCCGCGCCACGGGGGCAUGUUCUGCGGCCCGUCGACGACCGCCGGCGGCGACGACGAGGACGAUGACGGCGAUGAUGCCGCCGCCGCAAACGACGACCAUGGAGAUUACAUGCUCUUGAAAUGAGAAGGGAAUGAAUGGAAUGGAAACCGCAUAAGAAUUUGUAUAUAUGUAGUGUAGUGCUUUUCUUUGGGGAUCGAUGGUUUGGUCGGUUGAUUUUAGCAGACGGUCGACAAGCCAUGUAUGGUCUAUUUCAGGGUCAGGGGGUGCGAAACAGCAUCGGCAGGAAUGUCAAGUGAUAACCAUAUAGUAGUACAUCUGCUAAUCUAACCUUGAAACUUGAGAUUCACAUCCUUUUUGGAACGGAGGGAGUAUUAGCUAGGUAAUUUUUUUUGCAUGGGUAUUAGCUAGGUAAUAGGUUGUUUGUGUUCGUGUGGUGUACGAGCGCCGAAUGUAGUUGGGCUUAUUACCUGUGUUUGGGAUGAAAAGUGAUAUGGUGAUGGAUCAUUCAAUUGGAAUAAAUUUAAUUUGUUUCAUUUGAAGAA